UUCGUUGAAUAGUGCGUGCAUACCGCUUUUUUCCCGUCUGCAACUGGAUUUUUUUUUUCGUUCUUUGUCUACUUCGUCAGUUUGUGUUUUUCUCUCGUUCGCGUGUGUUUGUAUCUGUAUUUGGAGUUCGUGUUCCGAAUGAGUGCAUUGUCGCCUCUUUAUGUAUACAUUGAAAAAUCCGGAUGCAAAAGAGUUUCGAACCCAAAGAAUUGUGAGAGAAGAACGAAAGAGAAGAUUGAACAAAAAAGACGUGAAUACCAUCUGAUCGGAAUUGUGGGAUAUUGACAGCUCAGCGAAAUAAAACGCCGAUUCCAAUAAAUUAAUUCAAUUCCAGCGUGAAGAAAACACAAAAGUAACAAAAACACAUGAAAAAAUGCCAUUCAAAAUCAAGCUGAAAAAAUCACGGCAUUAUAAUGUCACAUCGAAGAGUUUGUUCGUAAUAUCUGUUCAUCAUUUGCUGGUUUUAGAUACACCGACAACGGUCGAUUGCACGCUCAGUUCGGAAAGCACUGGUUUGGAAUGUUUGGAAAAUGUGUGCCAACGUUUAUCGAUAAAUCAACCGGAAUUUUUCGGUUUACGUUAUAUAGUCAAGGGUAGCGAAACUGAAAUGCGAUGGGUGGAUCUUGAUCGGCCGCUCAGUCGUCAAUUGGAGAAACAUGCAGCCAGCCCGAAAUUGUAUUUGCGCAUAAUGUACUAUGUCAUCUCAACAGCACUGAUAACCGAUGAAGUGACGCGAAACUAUUAUUUUCUACAAUUGAAGAGUGAUGUUGUUGACGGUCGCAUACUGUGCGAUCCAAGGCAAGCCGUUGCACUGGCAAUGUACUGUCGACAGGCACAGUAUGAUAGCUACCAAAGUGAACGGCACACCGUUGACUAUUUGAAAACAUUAUUGCCAUUUCCACGGCAUAUGAUUGAAGCCGGAUUAUUGGAAACACUUACCGAAGAAGUGCUACAACCAAAUCCAGACGUUCAAAGCCUAACUCAGUCGGCAGCCGAAGCUUUAUUUAUCACCGCAUGUCAAAACCUUGAUGGAUAUGGUCAAGAGCGAUUCAACGCUAAAAAUGAUUCAAAUCACAUGGUUUCACUUGGUAUCACAGUUGCUGGUAUUGUUGUUGCGACCAAUGAUGGAAUGUUCACAUUUUAUCCGUGGCAUGAAAUCAAUAAUGUUGUCAAUCACAAGCGAAUUUUCAACAUUGAGUGCACUGAAUCACAGAAAAAUGUUAGCUUUCAACUGCAAGAUGCCGAUACAGGUCGUUACUUUUGGAAGUUGUGCGUGUUGCAACACACAUUCUUCAUGAAAUACGAACAAAAUCAAGAACAUCCGAAUGUUGAACAAAAUCUCUUCCAAAAUGUGCCAGAAGACCUGAACGAAAGUCGUGAUAAUUUAUUCGAACAAACGUCAAAUAUUUAUGCAUCUGAUUCGCAUAUACCAGCAUCGUUAUUGUGGAAUCAAUCACAUCAGCAACUGCACCCACAUCAUACCGAAUCGAUUGUUUCAUCAAAUAUGUCAUUAGCAGCUAGUCAACAACAAUUGCGAAGCGCUUAUGAACAGGGCUGUACACCGGUGCCGAAUGACUACACACAUCGCAACAGUAAUUGGCAAUUGGUUGGUUCGAAUCAAUCAUUGAACAAUGGACGAACUCAAAGCACAUCCUGUUUAGAUUUGAGCAACAAUAAUAUUCAGGUAGAACGUGAGCGAUUGAAGGCAUUUUUACCUGGCUAUCGACCGACACCAGAUUACGAGACUGCAGUUCAGCAAAAGUAUCGAUCAAACACACACAUCAAUUCUUAUUCGGGGAGUCAGCCCGAUGUACAUCAAGCUACUGCAAUCACUGACGCAAUUUUUGGCCAUCAACUACAACAAAAGUAUCCCGAUGUAACAAACGUUUCAACAACGAAUCCAAUUUAUCAGCAACAUUUUGCCGAUCCAAACUUUAUGGGCGUCGAUGGUUUAUCACAUCAAUUGCAAAUGAUGCGCUUGAAUAAACCGCCUCCGCCAUACCAUACAAAUCGAUUUAGUUCCACAUCAACGCCAGAUCUGGCGUCACAUCAAUUGCUUGGUUAUCGCGGUGCAUAUGGUUCUAGUCCAGAUUUGGUAACAACGACGCGUACAUUUGUAAAUCAACCGCCACAAUUUAUGUCACAACAACAAGUGUAUCCAGCAUCAACGGCACAAUCGCAAACAUUCCGCUAUCGAUAUGCCCAAGGCAUCGUACCACAUGGUACAUAUGAAAAUUUAAAUUUCAUCGAUGGGCAUUCAAAACUUUCGCAGAAACUACAACAGAAUGGAUAUCGAAAUGGUUCACCACUGACAAAUGGUUUGAUUAAACAGCACAAUGGAUCGAUUGAACCGAUUUAUGAGAACAUUCCAUUGCCAUGGCAAAGUGAAAAUAGUCAAGCCGAAAUGCGUGAUCGUGCGUCAAGCAUUCAAUCGGCACCCGGUGUUAUGCGCUUCAAAACACAACCGCACCUGAAUCAACAAUUCAUUAAUGACACAAAGAACAGUAAUUUUGCCGUUUCAAAUACCAGCCUGUCCACGAUGAACGAUUUGAAAAACAAUAAUUUGGCCGAACAUGCGCUGUUGUCAAAGAGCACAUCGAAUCCAAUCGAUCAACAUCAUCAUAAUCAUCACAAAUUUGCGCACAAUACAUCAACACAUGAAAUUGACGGACGAUCAGGUCAUAAUGGUACUGUGAUUGCGAUAAAUUCAAAUUCAUCAUUUGAACCGAAUGUUGAAAUCAUUCAACCGCCAAAACAAUUUCAACAAAACGAUAAACCAGUGCACAAAACACGCAUCGAAAUUACGGCACAUGACGAUUCAACAUCGACCAAUCAUCAUGAUGCAAGCAAUCGAUCGUUGACCACAUCAAAUGUGCUUGAAACGUCACAAAGUUCAACGUUCACCAAUCAAACGGCGACAACAACGGAUUCUGGUGUCAGCAUGGAACAUAAAGAGAAAAAAAAACGACGAUGGGUGUUUUUCGGUAGCAGCAGUCAUAGCACAAAAACAAACUCAAACGAUAAGCAUAAGAGUGCCACACUUGGCCGAGAAAAGGAUAAGGAGAAAACGAAAUCAUCAAAAUCGAAAAUUAUUUCACGAGACGAACAAAUUUUGAAACACCGAUGGUCGACGGGCUUACCAAAGCUUCAACCAUUAGCAGCCACAAUUAGCAAAGAAAAAUUGUCACAAAUCUUGGAAGAGAAGCUUCAUGAUACGAAAAUAUAUAUGGAAUUCGAAUCGAUACCAAAGCGUAAGGAGGGUGCACGUUACGAUUGUGCAUUACACGAAGAGAAUCGCAUCAAGAAUUUUGAUCCGAAUUUCCUUCCAUAUGACGAUAAUCGUGUUCGCAUUACGCCGAGCGCGGGAAAUCGAUUAGGUUACGUGAAUGCGUCACACAUUCAAGUUACAGUUGGUAAAAAGCAACGAUUUUAUAUUGUAUCACAAUCACCGCACAACACACAAACAUUGCACACAUUUUGGCAAUGCGUUUGGGAGGCUGAUGUUUACUUGAUUGUUCAAUUAUCGGAAGAGAUAAAUUACAUCCCGGAAACCAGUGACAAAUGUCUGGACUAUGGACAAUAUCAAGUAUUCCAGGAAUUUUCACAGAAUACGGGUCGAUGCAUUACAUCGAAAUUCAGACUGUAUCACACACAAUCGCGACGGUAUCGAUCCGUUUGGCAUUUGAAAUACACCAACGAUUGGGCUGAACAAAAUUGUGCAUCAGACGUAGACACUUUUUUAGAUUUUCUAAAAGAAAUAAAUUCGGUUCGUUUGGCUUCGAUAAACGAAGUUCCACCUGGUCACAAUACAAAUCCGCCUGUAUUGAUUCAUUGCAGCGAAGGUGGUGGACGGGCCGGUGUUACACUAUGCUCUGAUUUGCUGCUCUACACUUUAGACCACAACCAGGAUUUGGAUAUACCCCGUGUUGUUGGUCAGCUCAGACAUCAGCGAGAUAACAUUAUUCCGUCAUUAGCCCAAUACAAAUUCAUUUAUUCAUUACUAAUACAUUCGUUGAAACAGACACGACUCAUUUAAUUUUUCGUCAAGAUAAAGAGAGUGAAAAAAAAACUCAUUGUGUGUACAUAUAAAUUUCUAUACAUAUAUUAUUACUAAAUCCAAAAUCGUGAUAAAUGUGAUCAUGAUCAUUUCAUUUUCUUUUGCGCAUUCGAAUCGAUCUAUUUUACAUUUCAUUUAAACCAACUCACAAGUAUUUGUUUAUUUGACUGAAAACUUCUAUUUUUUAUUAUAAUUAUCUCUUAUUUUUUUGUCUCUAUAGUAUUUUUUUUUUUACAUUGAUUUAUUGUAGCAAGAACAAAGAUAAAAUUGAAAUAACUUGCAUCUUUGUCCAAAUAAUCUGUAUUCGUCUUGUCUUAGUACAGUUUAGGAGAUCAUCAAGAGAACAUUGAAUGAAUGCAUAAAAUAUAUCGAUAAAAACGAAAAAAGUUGACAUGAGAUUCGAAUAAUAUUGCAAAUAUCACCAAUAAAUAUCAACGAACGAGUUUUUUUUCAGUUUUUUUCCCGUUUAAAAUAAUGAACGCCAACAUUUACUUAAGUAAAACUAUUUCGGUGUUCAUAAAUUAAAUUAUUUUGGAAUAUGCCUUACAUGAGCGUACAAAAAUCAUGCCAAGCCGGUAUUAUUAUUAUUAUUUUGAUUCCGGACGCGAGAAAUUUAUUUAGAAAAUGUGACUUAAAAAGCAA